CCUGGGAGUGAUAGCUGCACGCGUGAUGUGUGGGACAUAAUGGUGGAUAGGUAGGGAACACACUUUAGCUCUGUAAGAGUAGCUCGUCAACUGUUGAUCAAUUUCCAGCUGCUGUCUUGGACUCUUCGUCUCCCUCUGACUCGACAGUUGUUCCCUGCCUCUGCCAGCUUGGACUGAACGACGCCCUGGACCGCAACAAAAUGCCUAAUAUCAAAAUAUUUAGCGGGAGCUCACAUCCGGACCUGUCUCAGAAAAUAGCAGAUCGCCUGGGUCUCGAGCUGGGGAAGGUUGUAACGAAGAAAUUUAGCAACCAAGAAACAUGCGUGGAGAUAGGGGAGAGCGUUCGUGGGGAAGAUGUCUACAUCGUGCAGAGUGGUUGUGGGGAGAUCAAUGACAAUUUGAUGGAGCUGCUGAUCAUGAUCAACGCCUGCAAGAUUGCCUCAGCCUCCAGGGUCACGGCUGUCAUCCCAUGCUUUCCAUAUGCCCGGCAAGACAAGAAGGACAAGGUGGGGAGCCGUGCUCCUAUCUCUGCCAAGUUGGUGGCCAACAUGUUGUCAGUGUCAGGCGCUGACCAUAUUAUCACCAUGGACUUGCAUGCUUCACAGAUACAGGGCUUCUUUGAUAUCCCAGUUGAUAACUUGUAUGCAGAGCCAGCUGUGCUGAAAUGGAUCAAAGAGAACAUCCCUGAAUGGAAAAACUGUACCAUUGUUUCACCUGAUGCUGGAGGAGCCAAGAGGGUCACCUCAAUAGCAGACCGGCUGAAUGUGGACUUUGCUCUUAUUCACAAAGAGAGGAAAAAAGCAAAUGAGGUAGACCGAAUGGUUCUCGUCGGCGAUGUGACCGACCGGGUCGCCAUUCUAGUGGAUGACAUGGCUGACACGUGUGGCACAAUCUGCCAUGCUGCUGACAAACUAAUUUCUGCUGGUGCCACCAAGGUGUAUGCCAUCCUAACUCAUGGCAUCUUUUCUGGCCCAGCUAUCUCACGCAUCAACAAUGCCUGCUUUGAAGCUGUGGUGGUCACCAACACAAUCCCUCAGGAGGAGAAGAUGAAACAUUGUCCCAAAAUACAGGUUAUUGACAUCUCCAUGAUCCUCGCAGAGGCCAUCCGUAGAACUCACAACGGCGAGUCUGUGUCGUACCUGUUCAGCCAUGUCCCCUUGUAACAAAUGAUGUUUACCAUCAACUUUUGUGCUGUUACACCAAAUAUGAGAAGAGGGAAUUCCCCAACCCAAACACAACCAUUAGCAAAUAUGUUCAGCUUACUAACCAUGGGAAACAAAAGAAAAAGAACAGUCAUGUCUUUUACUAAUGCUGAUCCCCGCUCACUUGAGUUCCUUCCCCCUUGAGCUGUGUCCUUUCAUGUCUGGGGCACCAAAUCAAUCGCAAGCUACCAAUUUAGCCCAGCAUAUUUAUUGUACAUGGAUAAAUAAGAGUUUAUCCACUGUCUCCCUUUGUCCUCUUUUCAUAAAGUUUAGAUACAGAGUUUCUCCUGACCAUUUCACCUCUCCAGGAGUGCUUUCAAUCUGUUGUCAAAGAGCUUGUAUAAUAUCCCUGGCAGGUUCCAGUGGUCAGGAGAAGCAUCUGGCAUAUAAAGCUGUUACAGUGCUUUUUUUUUUGUUACUAUAAACAAGUGUAGUUUUUCAUGUUGCUCUUGUUAUCCUCUGGUGUUUGAAAGAUUAUAAUGAAGUGAAUGUGUAUUGAACUAGUUUACGGUGCCACUGAAGCUCCACUCAACCAAGAGUGCCUCAACAGUCUGAAAUGAAUUUUUUUUUUCCUCUUAUUUUAUCCUCUCCCCCCCCACACUUCUUAUUUAGCUUUAUUUAUUUUCUCACUUGACAUAGAGCUUUCACGUGUCUUAUCAGUCUGUAGAAGAUGUUUUGAGAUGUUUCUUUCAACUUUUGAGGUGCCCUCAUUGAGUGGGGUUUGCCCAGUGUCCAGAAUUUACCCUUUGAGGUUCUGCGUUGAAGAUCUUUCUAUAGAGAAGCUGUUGGGUUUUUAGCUUGGGGUCUCUGCAGGCUGGAGCUUCCUUCAGAAAUGUUCACCUGCUCUUUUUUUUUUUUUUUUUUUUUUUCUUUUUGUAUGUCUGGAGGGAAGGAUUUGUCACUAAUGUGCAUAUUCCAAACCUUUGUGUUUACUUUUUCAGUAGGAUGAAUGCACCAGUCAUCUGAGGGUGCAUUCUUAAUAAAAUUGAAUAUGCGUAAAAUCUUAAAA